AUGAAUCGAAUGUUACACUCUAUUAUUGGUGUUAAUUUAUUAUUUAUUAUUAUUUUUCUUUAUAUUGGUCUUCGUCCAAUUUUUGUUCUUGCUAGUCUUGCUUUAGGAAUAUUUUUCAUUGAUUAUUUAAUAUUUCCAUUUAUUUAUCUUUACAAAGCAUUUAUACAAUGGUUACCAAUAUUAUUUGAAUUAAAUAUUUUAAAUGGAAUAUUAAUAUUAAAUCGAAUAUUUCAUUUUUCAAAAUUUUGGUCAAUUAUUUUUUUAAGUAUUUCUAUUAUACGAAGUAUUAUUGUUAUUUAUCGUUAUCAUUUACCAAUACAAGAACAUCAUCGUUUAUAUAUAGAAAAUCAAAUUGAAAUAUUAUCUAAAUUUAUUUUAAAACAAUCAAAAAAUUUCUAUAAUCAUUUAUUAAAAUUAUUUAAUCAUAACGAUGAUAAUGAUUUAGAUAAAUUUCAAUUAGAACAAAUUAAUUCUAUUGAAAAUAUUGUUAAUGAACAUGAUGAAACAAUUCAACGUUUUGAAAAAAUUGCUGAUGAACUUUCAUCACCAAUUAUAUCAAAUAUUGAUUAUUCAACAUCAUCUAUUCGUCGUCAUCAUCAACGUACUCUUCAACAAAGUGAACUUGAACCAUUAUCUCAAACACCCAUAACACCAGCUCAUACAAAUUUAUCAAAAGGAAAAAUUUUACAUUCAACUAUAAAUGGAUCAUAUACAGGACCAAUGACAAGAAAUCGUACAAGGACCGAUGGCAAGACUUCAAUAACAACAUCACCAUUGACAAAUAAAGUACACACAGAUGUGACCUUUAUUAUUUCUAAACGGGAUGAUGAUAGUCAAAGUCAACGAUUUAAAUAG